UACUGUCACGUCGCGUUUCUUAUUGAAAAGCUAUACCAUCUCAAAGAGAAAUCGUGUUUCUUUCAUUUGGAGUUGAGCAUAUUCAGGGAUCUGUUUACUUAUUUCAUUUCAGUUUCAAUCGUUUUCAUCAUUUACGAAAGCCAGCUUCGAUGUCGGUACGGACAGUGAAAAUCUGCAAUGUCUCCUUAAGUGCAACAGCACAAGACAUCAAGGAAUUUUUCUCAUUUUCUGGUGAAAUCGAAUAUGUUGAGAUGCAGAGUGAGAAUGAGCGGUCUCAAAUUGCAUAUGUUACUUUCAAGGAUGCUCAGGGGGCAGAGACUGCACAACUUCUUUCGGGAGCAACAAUAGUUGAUCUAUCUGUCGCCAUAACUCUAGCUCCAGAUUACCAGUUGCCACCUGGUGCUUCAGCUCCACCUGCACCAAAGGAAACCAAAGCUCCUAGUGGUGCUGAAUCUGUGGUACAAAAAGCAGAAGAUGUUGUUAGCAGCAUGCUUGCCAAGGGUUUUAUCUUGGGCAAGGAUGCCCUUGACAAAGCAAAGGCCUUCGAUGAAACGCAUCAGUUCACUUCCACAGCCACUGCCAAGGUUGCUUCACUAGACAAAAAGAUAGGGCUUACUGAGAAAAUAACCAUGGGCACAUCUGUUGUCAACGACAAAGUCAGGGAAAUGGACCAGAAAUUUCAAGUUUCUGAAAAGACAAAAUCUGCCUUUGCAGCUGCUGAACAAACGGUCAGUACUGCUGGGUCUGCCAUCAUGAAGAACCGGUAUAUACUCACUGGGGCGUCAUGGGUAACUGGGGCCUUCAAUAAUGUUGCUAAGGCAGCUGGGGGAGUUGGGCAGAAAACGAAAGAGAAGGUUGACAUGGCCGAGGAGGAACACAAAAGAGAAAUGGUGAGCGAUUUUGCUAAGGUACAUCUGGACGAGUCUCCGAAAGCUGAGGCAGACAAGAAGCCGACCAAACCUGGGCCUGCACCUGCGGAAGGAUUGAUCCUUUGAGUGGCUGAAAUUCUGUAAAUAUCUUUGUCUAGGCUUUUUGGAAUAUUACUUUCUUUCUUUGUUUAGUUUCCAAGUAUUAUUAAUGUAGAACAGGCUAUCCCUAUUGUUGGAUGUUAAUUCUAUAAAGGACUUUAAGCAUCGACUU